AACGCAAUGAAGUCAUGAGAUUAGAACAACGACAAUCACACCGUUUUACUGUCAAUAGACGCAGAGCGAAUGACCAACAACGCCAACAGGCACAUCGAGCAUUUGUAACUACAUCAUUUCUGCGUCUAGCAUUGCAUUAUGAGCCCGAUAUUGAAUAUUAUGCUCAUUCAAAAGUAGUAAUUAGUGCUAUGGACAAAGGAUGCCCGUAUUGUCAUGCUUUGAAAUUCAAAAAUGAACCAGCCGGGAUGUGUUGUGCAUCAGGGAAGGUACAACUACCUGUAAUUGAAACACCACCGGAACCAUUGUACGGUUUGCUUAUCGGCACAGAUUCAGAUUCUAACGUGUUCCGGAAGUCCAUUCGACGAUUCAACUCAUGCUUUCAAAUGACAUCGUUCGGAGCAACAAAAAAAGUUCAAAAUACUAAUGCAAGUGGUCAACAAUACAAUUCUACAUUUAAAAUCAGAGGCGAAGUUUAUCAUAAAAUAGGCUCAUUGCUGCCAAUGCCAAACGAACCACAUAAAUUUUUACAAAUCUACUUUAUGGGCGGCGAGGACUCCGGAAGCGCACUAGCCAAUCGGGUGGAUGCACGUUGUGGCUACAAUAACCUUGAUUCAUUCUUUGCUAGACACAUCGUCAGCGAGCUGGAUGCUCUAUUGAAUGAGCAUAAUGAAUUGUUGAAAAUAUUCAAAUCCCACAUGCACAAAUUAGAAAGCGUUAUUCACGCUAUUGUUAUUAAUCCUGAUAAAACACCAGCUGGAGAACACAUUCGUAGAUUCAAUGCACUUGUUGCUGACGACGUUGCUGGAAUCAUGGUUGGCGAUCGUACAGGUGCACGAGAAAUUGUGAUUCGUAGGAGAAAUAAUAAUCUUCAGUUCAUUGCUGAUACACACCGUUCAUAUGACGCUCUCCAAUAUACGCGAAUCUUCUGGAAGGGACAAGACGGAUAUAGCAUAAAUAUUAAACAACGAGAUCCCGUAUCAGGAGCCAAAACAAACAAGAACGUUAGCUCGAAGGAUUAUUAUGCGUAUAGAUUGAUGAUUAGACGCGGGCUGGAUAACGUCAUUCUACGAUUUCGAGAGCUUUGUCAACAAUUCAUGGUCGACAUGUACGCGAAGAUAGAAGGUUAACGACUACGAUACUUACGAUAUAAUCAACUCAAGC